AUGGUCGACACACGAUGUGUCAAUCCCGCAUAUCAGCUCGACGUAGAUGUGAUGGCGAUUGAGUAUGUGCUGUACAAGGCGAUCGAAGCACAACACCACUUAUUGAGAUCCCUCUACCGAAUCCAACGGAUGUCGAGCACAGCUAAUGACCUACAUAACGUGCAAGACGCUGCUGAAGCAGCACUUCGGCUCGUUGAGAUUUAUGACACGCUUGUCAAGCUUUUCAGCAACAACCACGGACUCGAUAAGCUAUCUGAAUGUACGAAGCUCGAUGCGGAUCUCCUGAGAUUUCUGACUCUUUUUAAUAUUUGGCUUCACCAGCAGAUAGAUGGAUUUGAAAUCGCAGCGCCACAAGUGUCGUCGGAGAUGAAGUUCAACUUGUUGUGCGACCAACUGAUUAACCAUUUUUUCCGUGUUCGCUGGCUCCGUACUCGAGAAGGGGGUGCUUCUCGAGGCGAUCUCCCGUCAGAAAGCGGUGGCAGCAACCAAAAGAGCAUACCACAGAACCCACAAUUGUGCUUGGCUCAUCACAUUCUGCCACAGUUUCUGCAUCUUUGCGAUCACUUACUGCCCUUCUUCAUGCACCUCUCGCACAAGAUACAGCCACCUGAAGCAAGACUGAGCGAGAAAUGGAUGGAAUUGGCAUGCAGUUUUAUGGUGCAGGGUGCAAUCGAAAUUCUCGACGCUCCCGAUCUGUUCAAGCAUGGGUCAGACGUCGCUAAAGUGGCGUUGGAAGAAUGUUUCGCCUGGGGUUAUGUCGUGAGAAAUAUAUAUGCUAAUAACCCCGCGCUUAUACAGCGAAUUUCGACUCAAUUGCAAGCGACAAUUCCAGAAGCUAUUGGCGAUCGUACAGAAGAUUUCACGCAGCGAAUACGACAUGUCAUGAGUUUAGAGGACGAUUGCUGGAAGAUGUUCUAUGAUGAUGGCACUAAUGGAGAAGGCCAUGAUACACUACGUUCCUCCAGAGAACUUUCACAGUGGACCACGAUGCGGCAGGAUGCACUUGAUGCGGUGCUCGCGACAUUUGCUGCCAUGCAGGAUGAAACUGAAUCUGAAGCUGAAGCUCAAGCACGAAGACCAGUACAAUACCUACGGAAGCACUAUCCUCUUUCUAAAUUUCUGGAUGAGGUCGCCAACUUCCUUGCUAUAUCGUGGCAAAAGCUGCAUAGACCAGAUUGGCACGGUAAGCCUGUCCUUGUUCAGAUAGAGGAAGGUUCUCUGCAAGGACUCUCAUCUGAACAGUUUGAGGACCUCAAACUUCGAGCUCGUAUACACCACGAAGAUUGUUUUGAAGUACCAUAG